AUGUCGUACCGGUUCACGAGCCCGGCAGAGGCAGCAGAGCUCCUCAAGAGCGACACAAAGACAGCGAUCAUCGAUGUGCGCGAUUCAGAUUACAUCGGCGGUCACAUCACUGGAUGUAUCCAUUCACCCUCGGGUUCCUUUGAGAGUGACGUGGACAAACUGGUGAAGAAGCUCAAGGACGUGCCUGUCGUCAUCGUGCAUUGUGCAUUGUCACAACAGAGAGGACCGAGCUGUGCGCGUCGGUAUGCUGCUGCUCGUGAGGCUACAGAUAGCAAGAGCGAUCAGGACAUCCUCGUCCUUCGCGGCGGCUUCACUGCCUUUCAAGCCCAGUACAAGGAUGACCCUGCGCUCGUCGAAGGCUGGUCCAAGGAGAUCUGGCAGUCGACCUAUUGA